AUGGGGUUUUCAAAAAAGCAUCAAGUGGAGGGAGGCUUAGAAUCAGAAGGCAAGAAAUGGGUAAUUGCCGGAAUAGCAUUGCGUGCUCCGUUGAGGUCGAUAUCCACGAAGCCAAAGGAGUGUGAGGACGAGGGUGAGGUGUUUUCGACAACACCCACUGCAAAAGAAGCAAAAAUACCGGAGAGAUUGCCAUGCCCACCAGCCCCAAGGAAGCGCCGGCCUAAAUCAACAUGUCAUUACAAUGGUGCAAGGGAGUUCUUCAGUCCUCCAGACUUGGAAUCAGUAUUUAUACAUAUUGAGAGAGCGAAUUGA